AUGAUGUCGGAGUGGUCACCGUUGCCAAAAAUGCUUCAUGGGAGGUUUUUGAAGGCCUUUGUGCCUUUUGAAUCGCUUCCCAAGGGAAAGGCCAAGCAAUUUUCCUCAGAACUACAAGACAUACAUCCUGGAGAUGAAUGUUUUAUGUUUGAAACGAAUGGGGAUGAAUGGGCAAGAGGUUAUGUUAUUUCACAACCACUUCUGUCUGAGUUUUCAGCUGCAGCCAUUGAUCUGAACAAGAUCCCUGAAAGAAAAGUUACUUUGGGCGUAUUUCCUAGGUCCUACGUCUUUACAAUUGGAGAGAUCUCUACAGAAGCCUCCCCGAAGCAGACAGAUGAUUCUCUGGAAGAUGUUGACUUUCCCAAUUCGGUCCCCACUCUUUAUGACACUGAACUACAAAUCAAAAGCUCUUCUAAUCCAGAUGAACUUUUGGUGCCUAAAAGUACUGCUUUAACCAAGCCUAACCUGCCCCUAAUACAGUUAAACGACGUUGACCUAUUGGACGAAAUCGUUGCUACUUUAAUUUCUCUUAGUUCCCAUAUAUUCACCAUGUACUCGAUAAACGAGUUGUACUUGUUUCAAAGGUUACAUGAAAUUUAUUUGCAAUUGGAUGAUAUUCGAAUUGAUUUGCAAAAUAAUCUUUUAACCAAAGCUGAGAAGACAAUGGCAAAGAAAAACGCAACUUACUUAAUGGGGACUAUUGUUAAGCUUUUAGCCAGCCGGGGAGACACUAAUGCCGGUGCUAAUCCGAAGUCAAAGCUAACAAGGUCUGACAUUAGUGGCUAUCAAGCAAUUAUGUCACGUUCUCAUGUUACAGGUAACCUAUUGGAUUUUCAGAAAGAUAAGAUUAAUCCUGCUGAGUUGGUCUCCAAUCAACUUUUAUUUGCAUUAUCUCCCAACUAUCCUGUCUCUACCAAAAUCAAUGCUGACUUAACUCCAGAAGAAGAUACUUAUUUGAAGGCUGUUCCAACGUCUCAUAUUUUGGUUGAUGUAAAGAAUGUGAGCGGAUCACUAUCAUUUUUUCCCAAAGGUUACAAUGGAAUGACUGCGUAUAUUUUCCUUAGAACCUCUAAGACUCGUUUAACGGAAGCGUUUUCGAUUCAUAUACGUCCAGGAGAUGAUCUAUCCUUGGAGAAUCUAAGUGCUGCCCUUUUCAAGAAUAUACCUGCAACCGCAACUGAGAGUGGGAAAAUCUAUCUUGUUGCCAUUUUAACGGAGGGUAUCGAUGUGGCAAGUAGAUCUGGGAAGCCUGUUUCCUUGAAUCAAAUCAGAAAAGGAAUUGCUGCUGGAGUCACUGAUGUAUCUAGAAUCUUCUCGAGAUUGAAGGGGUCCCUAGCAGCUGGGGAAGCGCACCAGUUUAUUAUAAAGCUAUUUACCUCGUUCAUUACCGAAUCAGACAACUCCAAUUCGUGGAAUAUCAAUAAUGGAUGGGGUGAGUUAAUAGAGAGAAUCAUUACUGGUUCUUCAAGAGGUGUUGCAGUUAAUCCUCGUGCUGAACGUCUCAUACUAUCUAUUAAAGAGUUCAAAAAUGAAGGAAUUUCGGAUCAAAGCACUCUGAACAACUCCUUAGCGAUUGCGCCUAUCCGUCCCCUAUUUUAUGAUCCGUUGAGUGCCAAUAGAGAGAGAAUAUAUAUCCAGUUGGUCAAUGUGACUACCACCUUAGACUUGGGAAAAACGCCUUUUAUCACAACUCAUCUCAAAGCAUCUAAUAAGAAUUACUCGUUUCAGAAAUCAUCCAACGAAGUUCCGAAAGACCACUGGGAAUUCUUGACUGUUGCUCCUGGAGAAUACGUCAACGAAAUCAUUUUGCUCAAUAAUAUUCCAUCCAAACCAAGAAGUUCUACCUCUGAUUACAUUAUUUUCACUAUUUUUGGUAAUGAAGAGUAUCUCGGGGAAGCCAAACUUUUAUUUUAUGAUGGUAAAUCUGUUUUUGAAGAUAAGAAAGGCUGUUCAAUUGAUAUUAUGUCAAAUGAUGAAGUUGUUGGAAAAGUCCAAGUUGAGGUGGAUUAUCAAGGUAAAGUCUACAACUUGGAUCCUAAUUUGGAGUCAAUUUUGAACUGGAAGUCAAUCUUUGCCAAUAAUUUCAAAGCGAACGAAGAGAGUAUCUGCUCUACUUUGACAAAAUUUGGGCGAACAAACGUACUAACUGUUGUCAAAUACUUUGCUGCAUUGGUGAUGAGCGAGUUUGAAAUUUAUGAAGCUGCACUUGAGAACGAACUUCCUACUUUAUCCAAAGUGGCAUUUGAAUCUAUUGUGCACCUUCUCGAUGUUGCAAUUGCUCGGCAAAAAUCAUAUAUAUACCUUUUUGAUGACUUUACCAGAAACUAUGCUAAGCUCCUACCUAAGGUUGCCCAGCCUUUUUUGAAUCAGAUCGUCAGCAUCUUUGAGAACGCUGAACAGGAGUGGUCACAUGUGUCCCGUUCCUUAUGUCGUGCAAUUCGUCUCCUUUUGACGUUGUUCCAGAAUAUGGCUGAUGUAUUACCAAGAAUUCAAUUACACAACAAUCUUACAAGAUUGGUGAAUGCAAUUGCCAAAUUCUUCUCGUUUAAAAAAGAUAAUUUAGUUUCUGAUCAAGUUCUUAUUCUCAGUCAAGUGUUGCACAUUAGAGAGACUUUACUUCUUGGAUUCACACCUCUCAAUGUUUGUAAAGACAUGAUUACCUGGUUCGAUAUAAUUGGCACUAGGGGAUUGGGUACCCUUGAACAAGGCGCCAACGUGCAAAACAAGCCACUCUCAAGAGAACGUGAGCUUGUUAUAACCAAGCUGAUACUAUUGAACAGGAUGUUACACAAAUCAUAUAACGAUGAUUCGGAUAUUUCCAACCUUUUGAGCAACUAUGCAAUCCAUGUGUCAUUGGAAGUCUUACUUGGACAGUCCGAUGUCUCUGCAUCAAGAUUGUCUUCUACGAUACUGAUUUCUGUAUUUUCUGCUACUUGGCAGAAAGGUGAUGAUGCAACAGAGCAGGAAUUACUAACUAUAGCUCAACUGUUACCGUUAAUGAGCAAGAUAUUUAACAAAUACUACAAGUCGUAUAAGAGAAAUGACUUGCAAGCGAAGAGAGUUUUCACUCAACUUUUUCAGACAAGUUAUCCAUUCACAGAACAUACUGUGGAUUCAGUUGUCAACAACGAAUCCUUCUCGGAGCUCUUGCUUGAGUUUUCUACUCUCUUGACAUUUAUAGUUCAAGCAGGCCAAAGGUUAUCGGAUGAGACUGGCAUUAUGAAGGUAUUGGAGAUGUCCAGUAAGCUGCAAGGGAAAGAACCUGAUAUUUUGUCAAGUGAAGUCUUACUAUCCAUUUUGAAGACGCUUAAGUUUAUCGACGAAGGUAUGUUUUACCCCAAAGAUAAGUGGUUAUCUGCUAGUGCUCUUUUUACCGUUACUUCCUAUGGGGCGUUUGAAUUGAUAGCCCACACAAUGUGUACUUACUAUAUUCCCUCCGUGGACAACUCGGAGUCAUUCGAUCGUCUACUAUGGGCAAACUUUCUUAGAACUUUGUUAAAGAUCUCUACGAGCAUGCCCGUCGCCAUUGAACAUCUCACUAGCAUCCCUGCUAUAGGGUGUUUGAAGAUUACAGGAGAUCUUAGAGUUAAGACUGCCAAGUUAUUGGAGAACAUUUGGGAUAAACUAGCUUGGGAAGCCCUACCUGAAGAUGUUCACAGAUUCCAGUUGAAAAGGUUCGGCGGAUACCAGGUGGAAUUCAUUAAUUACGACUUUUCCUGCUUUAAAGAUUUGAUCUUACUGUCUUUGCAAAAACACGAAUCUUCUAGAGAGGUAGGCGUUAAAAUGCUCGGUUCAAUCAUAAUUGCCGAAUGGUUAAUAAGUGAGAAUCUAUUUGACGUUGAAAGAGAAUGUAUUCUAGGCUGCUACGAGAUCUACAACAGUGAAGGUUACCGACCAAGUUCGGAGGAACAGCAACUUUUUAUCAAAAGAUUAAAGCAAAUCUUGCAUGUUGAUCCCGAAGAUGUGGCCUACAAGCCGGUAAAGAAAUUUGUCUCCACCCUUGCCGAAUUUUUGGAAAUACUAAAUGAUCUUGAGAAUGUUCCAUUGGGGGAUGAGUUUGAUGAUGAGCGUACCUUCCAUAAACUUAACAUUUCAGGAUACCUAAUGGAAGUUAAUAGUCCCGAAGUUCUUCAAUCAUUCAUCAAUGGAAUGUAUGAGGAUAAUAAACUCAAGGAAAACUUUGUUCAAGCUGCUCUGAGUUUGGAGUUAUUGGCAAACACCUAUGAUUGGGACAUUGAUACAGUUUUACCUAGGUGCUAUGAGCCAGAAUUCCCGGCCCAAACUCCAUUUGAAAGAAAAGAGGCUCUUUUCAAGCUCAUUGCAGACAAUUUUGCUAAGGGAAAUAGAUUAGAGCAGGCCGUCGAUUGCUACAAAGAAUUGAUUGAAGCAUAUGAUAAAGUCAGUUUUGAUCUUCGUGGAUUGGCAUCUGCGCAUGCUAAGUUGGCUAAAGUUUACAAGGGAUUGGAAGUCGUUGAUAGAGUAACACCAUCAUAUUUCAAGAUUUCUUUUAUCGGUUUGGGAUUUCCAACAGCCAUCCGAGGAAGGCAAUUUAUAUAUGAGGGUCUACCUUUUGAACAUAUCACUAGUAUUCAUGAUCGUUUGUCAAGACUGCAUCCUGGUGUUCGUAUAAUUAGUGAAGAAGAAGAAGCUGAAAAAUUGAUUGAAGAGGUCCCAUUUGGAAGGUUCUUACAUGUGAAGACAGUCGAGCCUUUCAAAGAUUUGGCCUCCAACUUUACCCAUGCCACGAUAUCCAUGAAGAGGUAUAUGGACAAUAAAGAUCUGAAGGUUUUCGUUUCGACGAGAAGACUUCCAGGAGCUACAGGAGUUACAGAUUUGUGGACCGAAGAAACCACAUAUGAGACCUAUUUGACAUUCCCUGUGCUAAUGAACCGUAGUGAAAUCAAAUCUGUGAAGACGGUCAAAAUAUCACCCCUGGAGAAUGCCAUUAGAUUGUUAUCUAUCAAGAAUCAAGAUUUGGCAACGUUAGAGUUAUUUAUAAGACAUGCACUGAAAGCAGAUGAAGAUACUUUAGGUUUAUUCAAUGAUCUAUCUCGUCAACUGGCUGGCACUAUUGACUCACCAGUGAAUGGCGGUGUAACCCAAUAUCGGGUAUUUUUCACGUCUGAGGAGGAAGCGGAAGAUUCUUUCAGUGGAGAGGAAGUGAAACUUCUCAAGUCAGAAUUCAACGAUCUAGUGUUAUUAUUAGGUCGCUGCUUGAUUCUCCAUGGGAAACUAGUCUCCAAAUCUUUAAAGAAAUCCCAUGAUUCAUUGAUUGAUCUGUUUGAACAGAAUUUUACUGAUGAAAUUCAAGAGCUUGAAAUUGAUUUGGAAAGUAUAAGAAAUGCCAAAAUGAUUGAUACCAAAUACUCUGACCAUCUUCCUAAUUUCCGUCCUUCCUCCAUACGGACUGAGAGCAUUCACAGUGUUGGAGAUAACAGCCGUAUUGAAGUGUCAUCGGGAUCACUUUUAUCCGAAUCUUCUAGUAGACUGACUAAUUUAACAGAUGGUACUAGCCGAAGCGCAGCUACAAGAAAGAGGACUGCCUUGAAUUGGAGGAGAAAUAGAUCUUAA